AUGAAAGAAUAUAAUGCUAAUAAUUCUUUUUCUUUAAAUAAUGUUAUCAGUAAAAAUGAUAAUGUUAUAACAAAUAAUGACAAUGAUUCCAAAUUUGUGAAAAGUGAAAGAGACAAAAAUUAUGAUGAAAAUAUAGAUAAUAAUGGAUUCAAUAAUUUCGAAGAGAGAAAAAAUAUAUCCAUUGAUAAAAUUGGAUUUUAUGAAAUUGUUUUGAAACAACUCCUAGAUGACAAUUUAAUUGAUUCCUUUAAUGUUUUGAAAAAAGAGUUAAAUUUACAAGAAAAUAAAAAUGUAGAAAAUGAUUAUCUUUUUAAUUUAUAUGCAAAAAAUAUAUAUAAAUCUUCUGAACCUAAUAAUGAAAAAAAUAUAGAAAGUUUAGUUAAUAUUGAAUCGAUGAUUAAAAGAGUAAAAUCAUUCAAUGAUUCAGUGUUAAAUUAUGAUAUAAAAAGUGAAAAUAUAAAGAGGUUAUACAGAUAUGAAAUUAAUGAUCAUAUUGAACUAAUUCAUAGAAAUAAAUGUAUUUGUUGUGAUACCAAUUACUCACAUAAUAUUUUAUGUUCAGGUGGUUUAGAUAAUGUUGUGAAAAUAGCAAAAAUAUAUGAUAAAAAAAAAAAAGUUUAUAAUAUAGAGAAGCAUAAUGGAAAAGUAAACUGUGUAAAGUUUCACCCAUUUAAAAAUAUUUUAUUUUCGGCUAGUGAUGAUUGCACAGUUCAAAUUUUUGAUCUUAACAAAUUAUUAAAAAAGAAAAAGUUAGCAAAUAAGGUUAACAUAAAUGAAAAUAUAAACGAAACAUAUAAGAAUAUUUUAAUACAAGAUAAAAAUCCGUUUAUUUGUUUGUAUGUUCAUCCAUGUGGUGAUUUUUUGUAUACAAGCAAUAAAAAUGAAAAUAUAUUAAAAAUGUAUGACCUUGAAACUUUAACAUGCUAUAUUUCUUUGGAUAAAAAUAGUUUUCAUACAUCAUCGAUUAAUAGUAUUAGUGGAACAUCAGAUGGAAGUAUAUAUUCAUCCGUUUCUGACGAUGGUCAUAUAAAAUUUUGGGAUGGUCAUAAUUCUAAAUUAAUACACACACAAUGUAACGCACAUAAUGGUUAUUCUGUUCAAUCAGUUAAAUUUAAUAAGUCUAAUUUUUAUAUAUUAACAUCUGGACUUGAUGGACAAACCAAAAUUUGGGAUAUAAGAAAUUUUAAAUCAUUAUUUACAUUUGGUAAUGGAUUAUCCUGUUCUUUUAAUAAAAGUAUUUUUAUGAAUAAUGAAUCAUUUAUAGCUAAUAUAAUUCAUACAAGUAAUAAUUUAUCUUCGUCACAUUUUUAUAUAUACAAUUCAUAUUUUGGAAAUAUGGAAUAUAACAUACAAAAUAUACACAAUGACCAAAUUUCUGAUAUUGUUAAUGCAAAAGACUCAUUGAAUGUUCACACAGCUAGCUAUGAUUAUGUAUGCAAAACAAUUAAAAUUGAACAGAAAUAUUUGGAUGAUUAUAACUAA